CAGGUGCAUGGGAGAAUGACAGACUGCAUCAGUAACAUCAUGUUUUACACAAUGUCAUCAUGCUGCCAACAGUUUCUGGGUCUCACCCUCAUGGUUUUAAUUACAAGAUCAACAGUCAGCUGCCCAGCUCGAUGUGAAUGCGCGGCUCAAAUUAAAUCAGUGGUGUGCCACAGAAAGCGACUGACAGCUAUUCCUGAAGGCAUUCCCAUUGAAACGAAAAUACUUGACCUGAGCAAAAAUAGACUGAGGUGCAUCAGCUCAGGGGAUUUGGCAGCUUUUCCUCUCUUGGAAGAGAUUGAUCUGAGCGAGAAUAUCAUUACAAACGUCGAACCCGGAGCUUUCAACAACUUGUUCAACCUGAGGACCCUGCAGCUUCGCGGCAACCAACUGAAACUGAUUCCAACCGGGGUCUUCAGCAGACUGAGCAAUUUAACCCGCUUGGAUCUCAGUGAGAACAAGCUGGUGAUUCUCCUGGAUUACAUGUUCCAGGAUUUGAGGAAUUUGAAACACCUGGAAGUUGGCGACAAUGAUCUUGUCUACAUCUCCCAGCGGGCUUUUAUUGGCCUGUUGAGCCUGGAGCAGCUCACCAUCGAGAAAUGUAAUCUGACCUCGAUUUCUGCAGAAUCCCUGUCCUACCUCCAGAGUCUGAUCACACUGAGGCUACGCCACCUCAGCAUCAGCUUCCUGGAAGAGCAGAACUUUCGGAAACUGAACAACCUGAAAGAACUGGAGAUUGACAACUGGCCACUUCUUGACACCAUUACUCCCACAACCCUGUACGGCCUGAACCUCACGUAUCUCUCCAUCACUAGCACAAACCUUUCUACUGUCCCCUCUGGGGCCUUCAGGAAUCUGAUCUAUCUCAAAUUGCUGAACCUGUCCUACAAUCCUAUCAGCAUCAUUGAAUCGGGCUCUUUUCGUGAUUUAAUCCGCCUCCAGCAUUUGUACAUGGUCAGCACCAUGCUUGCUACCAUCGAGCCGCACGCUUUCCUCGGCCUGAGGCAAUUAAAAGUGCUGAACGUUUCCAACAACUUCCUGGUGACCCUGGAAGAGAAUGCUUUCCAGUCCGUGGCUAGCCUGGCAGUGCUGCGUUUGGAUAGCAACCCUCUGUCCUGUGACUGCCGCCUCUUGUGGCUUCUGCACAGGAGAAAGGCGCUGAGUUUUGACGGUAACCAGCCGGUCUGUGCCUCGCCAGCGGAUAUCCAGGGCAGCGAGCUGAAAGACUUCGAGGACUCUGCCGUCCAUAGCUAUUUUACAUGCCAAAAGCCCAAAAUCCGGGACAGGAAACCCCAGCGAGUCACCGCUGGCGAAGGACAGACGGUCUAUUUCACUUGUAGGGCCGAUGGGGAACCGGCUCCUGUUAUCAUGUGGGUCUCUCCCCAAAGGAGGAUGAUCACCAGUAAAAGUAACGGCAGGAUAACUAUCCUGCCCGGAGGUACCCUGGAGAUCCGCUUUGUCCAAGCCCAUGAUAGUGGCACUCACAUCUGCAUCGCUAGCAACGCCGGAGGCAAUGACACUUCCUUCGCUGUGCUGACUGUAAAGGGACGGCCCGCAGACGGCGCCCUGUAUGCUAACAGGACAGCAUACCUCUCAGAAUUCAACGAGACUGCAUUCAACGACACACAGGUAUUCCUGAAGUUCACACUUGACGUGAAAACCAUCCUGGUCUCCACAGCCAUGGGGUGCAUCACCUUUUUAGGGGUGGUGCUGUUCUGUUUCCUGCUCCUAUUUGUGUGGAGCCGAGGAAGGGGCCACCAUAAAAACAAUUUUUCCGUUGAGUACUCAUUCCGCAAGGUUGAUGGCCCAACAGUCAGUGGCGGACAAGGAGGAGCGAGGAAGUUCAACAUGAAGAUGAUUUGAGUCACCGACCUCAGUUAUAUGGACCCCAUUAUGUAAACUAUGAUAAUUUUUCAUGGUCAAUACUGACUAAUCGUUUAAAUCCCACAAACCUGCUUAUCAUGUUAUAAUAAUAAGCAUAACUAAUACGGUAUGAAUUAAUCUUCACUGAUGACUCAACUAAGAGUUGAGAGUUGCAUGCUGUAAAUCGUCCCCCAGUUCUUUGACUGGUAUGGCUCAUUGUAAUGCAUCAUUACCUUAUUAACUCGCUUAAAAAAAAGUUUAUUUCCGGAUAGAAAUUGGUUCAUAUCCGAGUUCAGGUGUGAACACAAUGGAAGCCAGGACCACCACACAGAGACAGAUGCAAAAGAGCCCCAAAAGAAUCUUUUCCUGACCCCCUGGCUACACAUUCAGGUAAUUACCUACCCUUAAAAAAAGUCAGUGCUAGGGAAUCUAGCAGGGGUAGCAGCAUCUGUAUAGAGAAAAAGAAUUGUUCGCUCUGACUCGAAUAUGAAAAAAAGGUCCAAAAUGACUUGUUUAGAAAUGAAAAGGGCUAGAAAAGUAGUGGGUUUAACACUGUAGAAAAAAAAAGGGGAGAAGAGCAAAUGGAAUAGACAGCAAUUGUGCCCUGAAAUAAAAAGCUAAGGGAGUUCUAGUGGCAUAAGGGAAAAGUAAUAAAUGGAUAGUGGAUAUGAAUGGUAUAUUUUAACGGGUUUAUAACUCACUCAGAGAUAAUAAGAAUGUUAAUGGGUGCUUUGAGCUGAGCUGACCUAUUUUCUGCUAUUAACACCAGACAUUCACACCUGUUCUGCAUUGAUAUAUUUUCCCUACUUCCAUUAGCACUCCUUUACCUUGUGUUUGAGGGCAUAUUUACCAUUUAUUCCACUUACUCUUUCUCCCUUUUACUAACUGCAUAAAACCCACUAUUUCUGCCCACUUCAAUUCCAAAAAAAGAGUCACAUUGGACUCAAGUUAACUGUUUUUCUCUCUCUACAGAUGUUGAGACUUGCUGAGUUUCUCCAGCAUUUUCUGUUUUCAUUUUGGAUUUCUGGCAUCUGCAGUGUUUUCUUUUUUAAAUGACCUACACUUUCUGGAAACUGUCUCCAGCAGUCCUUUUGACCACUGGCUUGGCUGCUCCAAUGUACCUAACAACUAUCUACAGCAUGUCCACUGCAGUCCAGCCUGCCCUGAUUUAGCAAAGGGAUUGAAAACUUGUGUUAGUCCUCUUUAGUUAAAUGAGCAGAAAAGCUGACAUCUAUUUUGGGCAGAUACCCUAAACAGUAGAGGUCCCUUGCCAACAUACCAAAUGUCACCAACAUCCAGUGUGACUGGCAAUAAAAUGGGUUGGUUCUGGAUCUCUUUCAAGUUCAUAGAACAGGCACACUAAAAUCCAAACUGAAAGUUUUUUGCAUUACAUUCCAAACAGGUGGCUCACCAAUAGCAUUGACAAAUUAGAAGAAUUUUCUUUAUGCUGCAUAACAUAAAAUUGUCCAGCCAUGUCUUUAUUUAAUUGUGACCCCAUCAGCAGUCAGCUAAACAUGGUCUUCUAGUAUGCUGUGUUCAAUUCAAUAAUACACAAUAAUCUAGCAAAGUUUUGUCAAGCAAGUAUUUAACCUUUGUAAUAACUAAACUCGGCCAAUUGGUUAUAUAUGACUAUGAAAAUCUUAAUUGUUUUGUGAGAAGUAAAAUAUUUUGAUCAUUCUUUAUUAUGGAGAACAUUAUUUCAGAACACAUCUCAGAAAUUUCUAGGGAUUAUAUUAUUAAAUCAUUCCACAUAUAGUACUAUAUAAUCAAAUACUGCCUGAAGUGAAAUCUGAAUUUGCAGCUCUUAGGCAGUCAAGUGGACAAUUGCUCAGGUUUGCCCAUAUUAAAUUAUUUUCCUGUUAUCAGAAACUGAGUUGGCUGUAAAUUAUUCCUUUAUACAAGUUCAUUGAAGCAGCUUUUGUAUUUUUAGUUUUAAAAAUAAACAGCUUUAUGAACAUUUUGUUUUAUAUAUCCUGUAUAUGUAAUUACACAUGUUCAAUGAACUUUAUCUUUUACAUCAUAAUCAUUUUUGCUUACAAGUAAAAUGAAAAAAAAAAAAGCCUGUGGCAAUUGUUGUAAUUUGUUUUGCUGAAUGUUUUUUUUAAAUGGUGUUUUGUAAAGGGAUGUCCAUGCAAAGUAUUAUGAUGCCAUUAGUAAUGACCUGUUAAAUGUUCCUAUAGCGUUCCACAUUAAUUCACUCGAGCUUUUUAAAAAAAAGUCCCAAUUCAUCAAAAAACGCUGUUCUAAUUAUGUGUACUACUACGUCUUUUUAUAAUUAUCUUAAAAGCAACUUACACUGACAGUAUGAUAUGCUUUAAUUAGCAAAUAAAUUCAAAACUCUA